AUGUGGGUGCAGCAGGACCAGGCGAUCUUCUCUGCCAUCCAGGGCUCCCUCGGCGACGGGGUCGCAGGUCUCUGUCUCCUCGCCGCCACCUCCAUGGACGCUUGGACGACCCUGGAGCACGCCUUUGCCCAGGUCUCUAACUCCUGCUCGAUGGCCCUUCGCAGUGAGCUCGCGGACAUUAAGAAGUUGGACUCCUCCGCCACGACCUACUUCAACAAGAUGAAGGUGCUGGCGGACAUGCUCACCUCUAUCAGUUGGCCGCUCAGCGACGAGGAGUUUGCUGGCUUUUUCAUCAAAGGCCUCGACGCCGACUAUGACAAUAUCGCCGAGGCUGUUCACACCGCCAAGCUAGCGAUGCCCCCGCACGAGCUCUACUCACGACUUCUCUUCACCGAGCAGCGCGUCGAGGCUCGUCGCUCCUCCGCCACCAUCACAUCACGGCCGGCAGCCUUCUGGAUUUCUCGCGGCCAGCGUCCCCCUGCCCCGUCAUCUGGCAAGCCCGCCCCGCCCCCUGCAUCGACCUUGGGUGGGGGCCCUAACACUUGGAUGGUAUGCCAUCUAUGUGGUCGUGAACGCCAUGUCGCCUCCAAGUGUCACCGCCGCUUUCAGAGCAGCUUCCUUGGCAUCGGCAAUGACGGCAAGGGCAACGAGCGCCAAUUUGCGAUGGCAGACUUUGGUCCCCCCACCGCCGCCUCGGCUACCCACAUCGCCACCGCCCCAGCUGCCCACAUCGCCGCCAAGGGCAAGGACCCGCGCGUCGACCAGGGGUACACGCUGUCCUAUGCUGUUGAUCCAGCCUAG